AUGAAGUGCCUCCUGCUCGCCCUGGGCCUGGCCCUCGUGUGUGGCAUCCAGGCCAUCGUCAUCCCCCAGACCAUGGAGAACCUGGACCUCCAGAAGGUGGCUGGGACGUGGCACUCCGUGGCCACGGCGGCCAGCGACAUCUCCCUCCUGGACGCCAAGACCGCCCCCCUGAGGGUGUACGUCCAGGAGCUGAGACCCACCCCCGAGGACAACCUGGAGAUCAUUCUGCACAAAUGGGAAGGCAACAAGUGUGUUGAGAAGAAGGUCUUUGCAGAGAAAACUGAGCAUGCAGCCAAGUUCAACAUCAACUAUCUGGGGGAGAACACGGUCUUCGUGCUCGACACGGACUACAAGAACUACCUGUUCUUCUGCGUGGAGAACACGGACGCGCCCGAGCAGAGACUGACGUGCCAGCACCUGGCCAAGACCCUGAAGGUCGACAACCAGGUCAUGGAGAAAUUCAACAGAGCCCUCGAGACUCUGCCCGUGCACAUGCGGAUCAUCCUGGACCUGACCCAGGGCAAGGGUGAGCUCUAG